UUUGAAAAAUCAGGAAUGAUGUAAUAGUAGAGCAUGUGUGUGAUAUACCUGUGACAGAAGUGAGAGGCCUGAGUUGGAGUGCAAAUGAACAGGCUUUGUUCUAUGUUGAUACUGCUUCAGCCGAAAUUCAUACUUAUAAGCCAUCUACCAAGAGUCUGAGUUCAGCGCAUAUUGCAAAAGGAGAAGGAAGCUCAUUGCUGUUGCCAAUUAUUGGUCGGAGAGAGAGUUUUCUGAUUGCACAGAAGAAUUCCUUAGCCAGUGUGAAAUGGGAUAGACUGAGUGCAUCCAGCACUUCCGCGCCAGAAAUAUUAAGUGCAGUGGAAAAGAGAGAGAAUGUCAUAGUUUCUGGAAAAGUUGAUAAGCAUGGACAAAUAUGGACAGGCACAGCUCCAAAAUCUCUCACAACCAACAAUUCAGAUACAGCAAAUAAUCUAGGAAAUGUUUAUCAAAUAAGUAAUAACUGCAAAGAAAUCACUAAGCAGUUGGAAAAUGUUGGCUUGCCCAGUGACUUCGAAUGGAGUGCUGAUGGAAUGGUCAUGUACUUCAUUGAUUCCACCAAACAAAAUGUUGAAGCAUUUGAUUUGAAUCCUAGGACUGGACUUAUUGCAUCAUUUACCUGUCGAAAUGUUUUCAAUUUGACUGACUCUGAAAAUGUUGGUAGAAUGAGUUCUCUGACAAUUGAUACGAAUGACAAAUUGUAUGUUGCUGUUUGUACAGUUGGACAGAUUCUAGUUGUCAAUCCUGAAACCUGUGAGUUGAUCAAUCGCAUCAGUAUACCGAACAACGGUAUUUCAUCUUGUACUUUUGGAGGUAUCAAUAUGGACAUCCUUUUUGUUAUCACGAGUGAUUCUGAGACAAAUUCUGGAAAACUGUUUCAAGUUUUCAAUCUGGGAUGCCAAGGACACCCGUCUACAGGUGCUCUUUUGUGGGACGCUUCAUUGAAAGUAGAACAUUUAGUGGGAGGACUCAGCCAGCCAAGAGGUAUCCGUUGGAAUGAGAAUAAUAGAUCUCUGCAGUUUGCCGACUCUGCGAAAGGAACUAUUCACAAUUUUUGUCCUCUCAGUGGAACAAUGACUUCGGCCACUAUUGGAAAUGGUGGAUCAGGAAGUGAAUUUACAGGGUUGAUUGUACCAAUAGCCGGACAAAAAGACAUGUUUGUCAUUUCCAGAGCAAUGGAUUUGUUGAUUGCAAAAUGGGAUAGCGAGAGUUCACAGAUAUCAACACCUGUCAUUCUGAUUAACUUGUCAAACUAUGAAGCAUUUAAUAAUGGAGCGAAAAAUUGGAUAUGCUCUGGCAAUGUAGAUCAGAGAGGAAACUUGUGGGCUGGUACAACAGGAAUGCAUCCAGAUAAUUUAAAAGAUGAUAUUACCCAAAACAAUGGACAAAUUUACUAUGUACAGAAAGGUCAUCAAGUGGUGAGGAAAAUUGUAGACCUCUCAAUGCCUGCUGGCUUUGUAUGGAGUGAAGAUGGCAGAAAAUUCUUCUUCGUGGACUCUUUGCAAUUUACAAUUGCAGUUUGUGAUUACAACGAAGAUACUGGAGAGUUAUCUAGCGCUAGAGAAUUAUUCUGUCUAUCGGACCUUAAAAUGCAUGGCUUUAUUGGUGGAUUAACGAAGGAUACUAAUGAAAUGCUGUAUGCUGCUAACUACUUUGGAGGCCAGGUACUAGUGAUCAACUCAACCACUGGACAAUUAUUCAGAACAAUCAAAAUUCCGUCAAGUGAAGUCAUAGAUUGUACUUUUGGAGGCCCCAAUAUGGAAACUUUGUUCGUACUCACUGGCCGCUCUCAAUCAAACCAAACUGCAAGUCUGUAUCAAGUCACGAAUAUUGGUGCAAGGGGAUACCCGCCCACAUGUUUUUUGAUGGAGAACUCUUUGAGAACAGAGCCUGUCACUCCUGCAUUGACAUACGGAAAAGGAGCUUUUUGGGAUGAGGAUGAGCAGCUUCUUUACUUUUGUGAUUCAUCCCAAGGAACUAUACACAGUUACAAUCCCGCCACUGAUCGAUAUGUAACAGCUCAGGUUGUUGGAGCCGAAAAAUCAAACACAAACAUAAUAAUUCCUCUGAAAGGGCUGAAAAAUAGAUUCUUGCUGGGUUUGAACAACGAAUUGUGCACAGUGCAUUGGGAUGGGAAGAGUGCUGAGACCUCUGCACCUGACAAAUCAGUUUUUGUCGAUCGGAAAAUGGGCAUCAGGUUCAAUACUGGAAAAGUUGAUUCGAGGGGCAGACUUUGGGCUGGAACUACAAGCACAGAAUGUUCAGAUCUGCUGUUAAGAAGUGGGAGGGAGGGCAGUCUUUAUUGCUUGGAUCGGUUGAGAGUAGUGGAGAAAUUCACAGCCGUGGCCAAAGUGAGUGGCCUCGAAUGGAGCAGCGACCAUAAGCGACUAUUUCUGGUCGACACCAUUAAAUCGAGGGUCGAAUGCUAUGAUUAUGAUGAGAGAAAUAGCAGUGUUAGCAAUGGCAAAAUAAUAUAUAAGCUGGCUGAACUGAAGAGAGGUAUUUUGUAUUCAAUGACAAUUGAUAUGAAUGAUACACUCUACGUUUGCAAUAACCAUGGAAGUCAGAUUCUGAUGAUAGAUUCGGUAACAGGCAAGCUGUUGCGUACACUGAGUAUCCCCGCCAGCGAGAUAUUGUCGUGUGCUUUUGGAGGCUCCAAUUUGGACACACUCUAUGUGACUACUGGCAACUCCAACCCCAGCUCUGAGUUCCCACAUGCUGGAAGCGUAUUUGCCAUCACUAACAUUGGAGUAAGAGGUGUGUCGUCUAGAAAGUUUAUCGUAGAGGAGUCUAUCAGAGCAGAGCCAGUAACUACUGCGUUUACAUUAGCCUCAGCACCACACUGGCAUGUCAAUAAACAGGUGUUAUACUUUGUAGCAACACAAGCUGCCACACCCUUGUUCUGUAGCUAUUCACCCUCUACCAGUAAAUGCUGUUUUGCUAUUGUGGGAAAUGGUACCCACACCCCAACUAUGCUAAUACCAGAGACCAGUCAGAAAGACGCUUUCUUGGUGAUCAUAAGGAACCAGCUAGCCGUUGUAACAUGGGAUGGAGUGAGUAAGCGCACAUCUGAGCCCUGCUUCAUAGCUGACUGCGACUCGGAACUGCAAGCCAAGAGACUCAGUGUGGGCAAAGUCGAUCCUCAAGGACGCUUGUGGUCGGGUGCUACUUGCAACCAAUUUGAAACGAGAGCACAGGAAAGGGAAGUGGAAAAUCUAUUGCAAAAUGAUGAGAAAAAUGGAAAUUUAAAAUGGAAUGAACUGGCUGUCUCUACUCAAGGCUUGGAGUGGAGUGUGGACGGAAAAACGUUCUACUUUGUCAAUCCUCAAAAUUUUGGAGUUGACUCUUUUGAUUUUGAUCCAUCAACUGGGAUUAUUUCCAACAGAAAAUGUGUAUUCAAAAUGGAAGAUUACAACAUUUCUGGAUCGUUGGAUGCAAUUACCAUUGACAUUGAUGGAAAUCUCUACAUUGCCAAUAAUAUGGAAUCUCAGAUACUGGUGGUCAAUCCAGAGACGGGAUCCAUUUUGUCAAAAAUUCUUAUACCAGCAACUGGGAUAACAGGCUGUGCUUUUGGAGGAGCAAACUUGGAUAUACUCUAUGUAACAACUGGACAAAAUUGUGCCAAUUCAAGGCCUCAUGCUGGCAAAUUAUUUCAAGUGAAACAUCUCGGUGUAAAAGGAUUACCAGGGAGAAGUGUAACAUUAUAAUUGCUUUUGGAUUCAAGUUGAAGAGGAACGAAUUAAUGUAUGAAGAUAAAUUUUAAGGUUUUUUUGUGAUUAUUGUCCAAUUAAACCUUUCUUUCUUUAAAUAAUCAUGAAUUAAAUUAUUUUUAUAGUAUGGCGAAUGGUAUAAUUAUUUAGUAAACUUUACAGCAUGUGGAGUUUUAUAACUCAUGGCCGUUUUAUGUAGUAAAACCUAUACAUUUACCUAUCUAUUAUUUACAUGCAGAAUCACAAUCUGUCUCAUUAUAUAGCUCAUUAGUUAGCAGUGAUUUAAAGUGAAAAUUACCACUAAAGAAUUAAUAAGGACUGUUGAUUCUGGUGUGCCGAGCACUGUUUUUAAUUCAGGCCUUUUCCCAAUUUAUAAUAGUAAAUAUUUAAUACGCAAUAGACUGGAGCCAUUAUUGUAAGUGAGUUAGCGUAAUGAAUUAUUUUCUCUCUCUAUUAUGAACCGCCAUG